CGCUACCGGUUGAAGUCAAUCGAUUAAAUUAUCAAAUCGAUAAGAUGUGGUCAGAUGGCAGGGAUUGACAAUAAAAAUAGAGGAGUUUGUCAAAUUUUCCAGUAGUUGAAUUGUCAGUGUAAUCAUGGCCGGUCAAAUGCAAUUAGCUUUUCUUCUCGCAAUCAUAGGGCUGGUGCACGGCAAACCUACAGCCGAGCAGAGCUCUCUCAUUUUUGCAAAUGAUGAAAAAAAAGUGAUUCUUGAUGAUCAAAUCGAUGCUCUGUUACCUUCAAUACGUGAGUUUAUUUUGGAAAAUGGAUUAGAUCCUACGCAAGUAGCAGACUUUCUCGAAAGUAUUUUCCCACAUUUGCCUGGAUCGUUUAAAGGAAAGGUCGAACUCAACAAAGGAUGGCUGCAAAACUUAUCAACAAUAAAACGCACCAAGCAUGUAAUUGGAAUUUACAAGAACAAACGUUUAACGUUGGAUAUGGAUUUGGGAUUUGACGUUUUAGACUGUAGCUACGAAUAUUAUCUAAAAUACCUCUUUUAUAAGAGGAAAGGUGACGUAUAUGCUCGUUUCUACAAUCUGGACGUUAAUAUCAAAUUGACGAUUGAUCUAGCUAAUUAUUAUAUACAUCUCGAUUCCAUUAAGUUCUCGGAAGUCAGAAAAUACGAUAUCAAAUUUGAGGGUCAUCUUUUGGAUCCUGUUUUAAACGUUCUGACUAAAGCAGUUACAAUAAUUUUCCGACAACGCGUAUUGUCAGACAUUGAGGAUCGUUCUAUGAAGAUUUUUGGUGCGAAGAUCGAUGAAUGGAACGAAAAGAUACCGCGACCAAAUUUCGCAUCGCCGAUAAAAAAAUUGGUUGAUACCUUGGAUCUGCAGCUCUAUUAAUCUUUGUCAUUUUAUCGAACAUUCAUUAUUUUGUGUUUCAAAAAUAAAACAUGAAAAUUAUUUACA